GCACAGCUACUGCGGGCUAUGUAUCGACUUGAGACGGUUUAUAUAGAAGAGAACUUCACAGCGCCCGACUGGGGGAAGAAGUGGCUGCGGGGACCACUGGCGGUGUACGAUGCUGUGGUUUCGGUUGUGGACAGUUUAACUAAUUCAGGGACGAGCAAAACCAAGCGGUAG